AUGCUUAUAGAUUAAAUACAAAUAACAUAUUGUUAUGAGAAAAUAUAGAAAUCAGCUAUAAAUGGUUAAGUAACAGUGGCUAUAUUUGUAUCUUUUGAUGUCGAUUCAUUGGGUGCUCUAAGAAUAUUAACAGGUUUAUUAAAAUAAGAUUUAAUUACAUAUAAAAUAUAUCCUGUAUCCGGCUAUUCUUAAUUAUAAAGUUCAUUAGAAGAAUGUUAAUAAAACAUCAAUAUUCAAAGCUUAUUGUUUUUGAAUUGUGGAGGACUAAUGGAUUUAACAGAAAAUGAUUUUGUAAAGAACAAAACUAAUAUAAAAGCAUAUGUAUUUGAUAAUCACAGACCUAUACAUCAUCAUAAUUUGAUAGAUAAAAGCAAUAUUAUUGUUAUUGAAGAUGGCACUUAAAAUUAAGAAAAUUGUCCUAAAAAUAAAAAUGACAAAGAGAUUUUAGAAAAUAGUUAUGAUUAAUAAAAUAAUAGUUAAUAUGAUAGUGAAGAUUCUUAAAUUGAAGAAUCCUAAGAAGAAAUUGAAGUUGAGGAUGACGAAGAAAUUGAAGAAGAAGAUGAAGAUGAAGAAGAAGAUUAAGAAUAUGAUGACGAUGAUGAAGAGGAAGAAGAAAAUAAAGAUAUAAGAAAAAAGAAAAGAAAAAAUAAAUUAAAAUAUAAAAAUAAAUCUUAAAAAAAACUUAAACUUGACUAAUAAAGAAAAAUGGAAAAUUAUUACGAAGGAUUUUUCUAUGGAAAAUCAACAAGUAUGUUAAUGUAUUCUAUGAGUUAAUAAUUAAAUAAAGAAAAUAAUGAAUUUUUAUGGUGUGCUAUUUUAGGAGCUACUGACAUGCUUAUACAUAAUAAAAUCACUUAAGAAUAAUACGAUGAUAUGUGUUAAUUCUUAAUGAUUGAAAUCGAAAAAGUAAACAUCUUAAAUACAGAUUAAAAAGAUAUUAAAUAGAUAGGAUUUAUUGAACCAUCUAAUGAAUAUAGAUUUAUUUGCCUUAGAAGCUGGAAUUUAUACUAAAGUAUGUAUUAUUCUAGUUAUUUUGCAUCGAAAUUAGGUAUAUGGACUGAAAAUGGGGAAAGAAAUUUAAAGAAAUUUAUCGCAAUGUUAGGUAUACCUUUAGAAGAGGCUAAUUAAUAGUUUAAAUUUAUGUAAACUUAAUACAAGGAGAAAUUAAAGGAAAAUAUACAUAAAGAGGCUAAUAAAUUUAAACUUUAUAAUGUACUUUUUAGUUCUUUUGUAAGAUAGAUAGAUGAAAAGACUCAAAUAUCAGCCAUUGAUUAUGUAUAUAGCCUAACAGCUAUAUUAGAAUGCCCUAAGUAAGUACUUUUAUAGAUUUUUGAGGAAAAAUAGUAACUCUAAAAUGAAACUUUAGUAGGUAGAAUUAGUAAUUUUUGGUGGGCCUAUGAAGCACUAUAAACAGGAUGCUGUAAAAUGAUAAUGAAAGGAAUUGAACAGGCUAUUUUAUUCUAAAAAGCACUAGUAAAUGAGGCUAAAUUUACAAUAGAAAGAGACUUAAUAACAUCUUGUAGUGAUUUUAGAUUUGUUAAAUUAAAUAAUGAUACAAAUACAUAAAAUGUGUAUUUUCAACACCCUUAUUCUUUGUAAAAAUUAGCAGUUUUUCUAAUGGAUAUUUAUAAAGAAAAAGUCAAAAAAAUUAAACCGAUAGUACUUUGUAUGAAAAAUACUUAAAAUAAUACUUUUACUAUAGUUGGGGUUAUAGGCAGUUAUCUCUAAUAAAAAAAUACUUUUGCAUUUAAGUUUUAAAAGGCAGCUUCUGAGUUAAAAUUGGAAUUUAAUUAAGAUGAUUUUGAGAGUUCAAUUAUUGAGAUUAAGUAGGAUGAUUUUGAAGCUUUUUUAGAUGAAAUUACUUAUUAAUAAUGA